AUGGUAUCGAAGUGGCGUAAUGUGUUGCAAAGAAUUCGGGUUCUAUUAAAAGAUUUGUCCUCUUCCAUUUCUCAUAUUUUCGGAAAACCUAAUAGCUCUUUGGAUAAAUUAGCAGAAACUAGUUUCUUGCUGUUCUCUUGUGAAAAGUCAGCAAUGAACAUUACUACUACCCAGUCCUUGAUCAUAUUGUUGGUUCAACUGGGAGUUCGACUCUUAGAUCUGCUUUAUAACAAUGUUCAUUCCCAAGUUAUCCUUGUCUCGUCAUUUGUCAUCCAUCAUGCAGUAUGCAGAAAGAAAGCUAUUUCCCUUAUUCUUGUUCCAUGUCUUGCUGUUUCGCUAACUCUGCAAUCUGAUAUUCAAGUUCUACGUAACAUCAGGGAGGCUGUUGAUCCCAACACUGUCUCCUCAACUUCAUUUCUCAGCACUUGGAACUUUGACACAGAUCCAUGCGAAAGCUCGGGGCCUCAUUUUCUAGGAGUUUUAUGUACAACUCCUGAAGAUAAUUCUAGCAGCCGAAUAGCUGUAAUUAACCUUGAAGGAGAUGGAUUGGACUGUUUUCUGACUCCAACAAUUGGAAACUUGACAGAGCUCACCACCCUAAACUUAAGGAACAACAACUUCCGGGGACCAAUACCAAAUACUAUAGCCAAGUUGAGAAAGAUAACCAAACUUCUUUUGUCGCAAAACUUUUUCUCUGGUGGUCUUCCUGAAGGAUUGAGCGAGAUGAAGAGGCUUAAACAUUUUGAUUUGUCGCAGAACAGGCUUUCUGGUACCAUUCCUCCAAAGAUCUCUGCAUUAAGGAGCUUGUUACACCUACAACUAUCCGGCAACCAAUUCUCAGGGAAGUUACCAGACUUUUCUGGUCUAUGGCAGCUAACCACAUUAGAUCUCAGUAGCAACCUAUUCUAUGGUACACUGCCUCAAUUCCCUACAAGUUUAAGAACGCUAUUAUUAAGUCACAAUAUGAUUUCUGGCAAUGUUUCAUCCAUUGGAAGGCUUUUCAAGACAUUAGAUCUCAGUGAUAAUAGGCUCUCUGGCAAAAUAGAGCCGGAUAUCCUUACAUCACCUAAGGUAAGCAGCAUCAAUGUCUCAGCAAAUCUCUUCUCUGAUAUUGAAGUCGUAUUCAUGAAUCAACCCAGCCAGCUUCAGCUAUUGGAUGCCCACGGUAACCAUCUCCGUGGUCAUUUGCCAUUGCAUUUAAUCACCUAUCAGAAUCUAAGAGCAAUCUAUCUUGGGCAUAAUUUAUUCUCUGGUUGGAUCCCGAAGGAAUAUGGGGCAAAGCUGUAUUCUUGGAAGACUUUGUUUCUCGAGUACAACUUCCUUCAAGGAACUCUGCCCACAGGAAUUCAUGAACAACCUCGAAAGGAUUAG